AUGGAGCUCAGUCAACUUCCUCUUGUGCUCUUGCUGAUUUCAGUUAUUCACUUUGGACAAACUGAAGAAAGACCAAAAGCCAAAGUGACCAUUAAACCUGCUCAACAUGUAUUCAGAGGAGACACAGUCACUCUCAGAUGUGACAUAUAUGAUGAAGGAGUCACUAGCUGGAGCUACAGCUGGUAUAAAGAAGGUUCAACCAGUGUUUUCAGUGAUCAACAGAAACACACAUUCAGUUCUGUUAAUGAGUCUGACGCAGGUAAAUACUCCUGUAAAGGAUCAGAGACAGAAGGAUCACGCUGGUCACAAAUGAGUGAUGCAGUUACACUGACAGUAUCAGACUUUCCCACACCAAAUCUGACUGUUGAGCCACAGAGUUCAGUGUUCACUGGAGACUCAGUUACUCUGAGAUGUGAGCUGAUUCAGUCACACAAUGGAUGGGCGUUUCUCUGGAGAAAAGACUCAAACCGUGAAUCUACUGAAACUGCAAAUAAAACAAUCAAUUCUGUAAACGUCUCUGAUGGAGGAGAGUACAAGUGCAGAGCACAAAGAAGAGGAUAUUACACUGAUUACAGUGAACCAGCAGUAUUGACAAUAUAUGAAAAACCAAAACCCAAUGUGACCAUUAAACCUGAUCAUCAUGUAUUUAGAGGAGACACAGUCACUCUCAGAUGUGACAUAUAUGGUGAAGGAGUCACUAGCUGGAGCUACAGCUGGUAUAAAGAAGGUUCAACCAGUGUUUUCAGUGAUCGACAGGAACACACAUUCAGUUCUGUUACUGAGUCUGACGCAGGUAAAUACUCCUGUAAUGGAUCAGAGACAGAAGGAUCACGCUGGUCACAAAUGAGUGAUGCAGUUACACUGACAGUAUCAGAUCCCAAAGCAGUUUUAAGUGUUUCUUCACAGAAGUGGUUGACUGAAGGAGAUCCAGUGACUCUGAACUGUGAGGUUUACAACUUCUCUACAGGCUGGACAUUCAGCUGGUUCACUUUAACUGCUUCAUCAGAGAACAGCCAUCAUUAUAAUCUGCUCUCUGACAGCAGCAGAGGAGCAGGAGGAAACUACACUGUCAGUUCUGCUGCUCUAAAUCACACAGGAGUUUAUUCGUGCAGAGCAGAGAGAGAGAAACCAGCCUAUAAAACACAGUACAGCAACACACAGCUGUUGUGGGUCACUGGCAUUUUUCCUUCAGUCUCUCUAAUUGUCAGCCCCAGCAGAACUCAACACUUCACAUCUGUCUCUCUCUCUCUGAGCUGUGAGGAUCAGAGUAACUCUACUGGAUGGAGAGUGAGAAGAUACACAGACGGUGGACGGCUGGAAGAUUGUUCAUCAUUACAUCGAGGAUCACAAACAGGAUCUACAUGUACAAUCAGCUCCACCAACACAUCAGACACUGGAGUGUACUGGUGUGAGUCUGAAUUUGGAGAGAAACAUCAUCCUGUUAAUAUCACUGUACACUUAUCUGGUGUGAUUCUGGAGAGUCCUGUUCAUCCUGUGACUGAAGGAGAUCAUCUGACUCUACACUGUUUAUAUCAACAUACAACCUCACCAAACCUCAGAGCUGAUUUCUAUAAAGAUGGUUCACUCAUCCAGAAUCAAACUACAGAGAUGAGCAUCACUACUGUCUCAAAGUCACAUGAGGGUUUCUACUACUGCAAACACCCAGAGAGAGGAGAGUCACCCAAGAGCUGGAUCUCAGUCAGAGACACAAGAUACGAUGGUCUCAAACCCAAGAGAAAUGGAGUAAUUGCAAGACUGGUUGUUGCAGUUUUGAUCAUUGUCUUCUUGGUCCUGCUGUGGCGCUACAGAAACAACAAAGGUGGAAGAUCUCAGUCUCCCUCUACUGUCAGUCAACAGCAGAACAACAGUCAGACAUCAGACCUGAACCAGAGUGAAGCCGAAUACAACACACUGUUGUCUG